CUUCCGGGGGAACUGGUCGACCGGAUCAUCGAUCAUUUGUACAACGAUGCCUCUUCUCUUAAAGCUACCUCACUAGUGUGCAAGACCUGGCUACCGCGUUCUCGAUUCCAUCUCUUCCAAGGGGUGGUAUGCGAUAUGGCACCACCAACUACGUCCGUCUCAGCAUUAGUCUCCUUGCUAUACGGAUGUCCCGACGUCGCUCCAUACGUGCACAAACUCAAACUCGUCCAUAUCGAUUGA